GCUAAAAGUGCCGAAAGACAAAGAAGCUUGUAUUUGAAGCCUUUGAUCACUAGCUCGCGAUAGGAGUAGACCUCGAAUUGGAACACAAACCACUUCGCAGCUCGCCCUGCAGCAACUUUUUUUGUUUAUACUCGGAUUUCAUUUAUCAUUUCUAAGCCUAAGCCUAAGCGAAUACUCCGAUCCUGACUCACUCUUGCGCCUCUGAUCAACACAGAAAGUAAACCUCGUGCGUACUUACUACUGUUUUUGAGAUCCCUUUUGGUACUACACUUGCUAUCUUUCAAAAUACCAAAUUUGAGAUGAUGCGCACGGAAAAAAAAAAUGAAGGCUUCAUCGAAAAAUGAAGGAAAUUCUCUCUGUUAGGUUCCGUUGCACUUGUGCGCACGGAGCUUUCUCUACGUCCAGUGGCUAAGGAUGCCAAAUUGCUCAGCAAAAAUCAGGCUCGCUGCUUCCACGGCCCGCGGACACGAAAAAGAUUGAAACCAAAAUCCAGGCUUAGUAGAAAGUAAAGCUGUACAUACACAUGAUAGUACACAUAAUCUUCAGGAACGAAGAUGUAUCGCAAUUAAUGAAGUAAGAACACGAAGAACGCCUUGUUUACCCUUUUUAGUGAGUACCACGUCUCGAAAUAUCCGCAAAACCGCCCGCAAUUUUUCUUCUGUUUGAAAAAGCAAUGUCUCCGAUUAGAUCGUUGUAGUGCUUGUUCCGAUUGCAAUUUUUGAUCGGAGAAAAAGAUGGGCGGGCGUGGUCGACGAGACAGCCGCAGGCGGUCCCGGGGUCGGGACCGUGACCGGGAGCCGCGACGAGACAUGAAUGAUGCGAGACCCGACGUGGAAAGAAGAAAGGGCGGCGUCAAGUUGUUUGUUGGCAGAAUACCGCAGGAGGCUUCGGAGACGCUGCUGCGAAAAACCUUCGAAAAGUUCGGCAACGUUCUGGAGGUUUUCAAGAUGCGCGGCGAGCGACCCGGCGAGGAGAGGCAUUCGCUUUACCACGAAGACGGCCUCACCUGCGCAUUCGUACGUUGGUUUUUCUUUUUCUCGUGCUCACGACCGAGGCACAAGCCCUCUCCUCUGUUAUGCAGAAACUGUUACUGAUGCCGAUGUGUCGUGUACAUCUGCCUGCACCUGCUACACUGAGACCUUAUGUUUAUGAAUUCAAAAUUGCAAUAUGUCCCCGAAACAAAAACAGAUUCGAAUGAAGGACGUAGCAAGUGCGGAAGAUGCCAUUGCGAGUCUCCAUGACAAGGAGAUCCUUCUCAAGAAUCGACGAGAUACUGGGCCUAUCCAGGUACUUAUAAGAAUAAACCCGUUCGUGCCAUUUUCUUUCGCACACUUUUUGACAAGAUAGGUAUGACAGUGGAGUGAGUCCUCAGCAUCACAGUACAUUCAUUGUGUUUUCCCUUGUAUCAUCUCUAGUUACCCAUCGUCAACAUCUUCAUCUCCACCGCCAGGUUGCAUACGCCAAAGGCGAAGCCGUCCGCUUGGGUCUGGAAGCGAAGCGCGAGGCUCUACCGAACAGAUUGGAGGGAAAGGAACUUGUGCGGCAGUUGAAGGAGCGAAUGAUCCUCGAAGCACCGGACCAGCAGUCGUUCAAAUUUACGGAAAACGGAAACCCGUUUUGGUUCCCAACGGACCCAUUGAUUAUGAUCGUCAAGGUAUAGUAAGCACAACAAAACUCAUCCUCAUGAUUGGUAAUUCAUAUUUUUCGUUUCCCCCUGCGUGCAACUGCUGCACACCAGAUCUGCGUCAUAGUACCCCAAAAAUUAUCUCGCAUAUUUUUGGCAUCUUCUCAAUAACGAGCCUGACACUAAUCGGCGAACGACGGAACAAACCGAAUCGAAAAACAGGAGGGUAGAAAGCGCGACCGCAUGUUCGAAAACUGCUGGCGGCACUACUGCAGCGAGGGGUGGGGCGGCACCUACGAAAUCGCGCCCGAGCGCAUGCCGCACCACGGUCUGGUCCAGUUUGUGAUGAUGCGAACCGUAGACUACGGCGACGCAGAAUGGUUUUUGACCAUGGUGAAGCAAACCCAUCAGAAGUUGAAGUCUGGGGAACUCUCUUCAACGCAGCGAAGACCGGAGUUGCCACCAGAUCCCGAACCAGCCAUGCGCCGAUUCGAUCCAACGAGUGCGGGGGCUGGUGCACCCGGACCGAGCGGUGCCAGCGUCGCACAGGCUGCGGCCCCGGGUCAGCCGCCAAUGGCACAGGUUGCACCUGCCGCAGGUACGAUUUUGAUAAAAAGCGUUUUUUCAGAUGAUCUCGCGCUUGUCUAUGAAUGCACACUUGGGCUCAUCAAAGUAAGGACGUACCUUCGUCGGGACGAAGAAACUCUCAAUACUUACAUUGAUUUACCUGUUUCUGCAUCUACAAUACAGACGCCCCAAAAGCAGCAGAGGCAAGCAGCAGCAGCGACAGCGACGGAGACGACGAUGGGGUUGAUGAAGACGACAUUUAGCGAGAAAGUCAUUGCAUUCCUUUGUGGCAUUUUUCUCAACAGCGACGACAGCACGUUUGAAAAAGUAAAAGAAAAGCGA